AAUUUUUUGGAAAUGACACAGUGCUCUAAAGUAUGAGUUUUGAAGAGCACCAUUCAAUUCUUUACACAUGUGAAUGAUCUACACUGUAAUAACGUCGUGGUGUUUUGGGUGAACGUUUUGAUAGAAGACAUAAAGUGUUGUUGUUAUGACCACCGUAUCACACACCCUGCUGAGAUUUAUAGGUGCUUGCCGGCCACAUUGAAGUCGAAAAUGAUGAAUCGAUUUUAAUUGUUACUGAAGGUUAACACGGUAUCGCUUGUUGCUGCAGCCUGUAGUGUCGACAUUAACCGACAACUGUACAGCUUUUUUUAUAAAUGCAUUACGGAUCACUGGCAACAAUUUAAGAGGUGGUCAUACUAUAGUGUACCUUGAAAAGUUUGAUCUAAAACGAGCUUUAUUUUUAAGUUAUUCUUCAUGCUUUUAUUGUGUCAAGUUCAAGUUAAUUAAUCCUACAAUUGUCUUCACAAAUAUCAGACACCAUGCAUAUACUUGAGAUUUAAAUGAUAACGAUCAGAAUAAAAGUUUAGAAGAAAAUUCGUGCUGUAACCCGGACAUUGUGUUCGGAUGUUUGAUGGAAUUCCUUAUUAAAAUGGAUAUCCUGUGAUCGACGCCUGUCUGCAGAGUCGAAAGAUGAUCGACGGUGGAGGUCCGCGUCAUUUUGCCGAUGUCGUGCCUGAUUGCAUCAGAGGCAUCUGGUUCGGUCAGAUGCCUGGCCAUUUGUCUGGCGAGCAAUAUAGCAAGAACGGUCGUGACAUCGUGGACGAAAAGUAAUAACUUCUUCAAUGACUGUGCAACACGCAAGAUACCUUCAACGUUUCUUAUUAUGCGUCCUGAUACAAGCAUCCACAGUGAUGUCUCUACUGCUCAACUCGAACUCAUACGCUAGAAAACCUGAGAACUUGAGCAGCAACUUCGUAGAAGUGAGCAACACGUGGCUGGAUGAAGAUCGACGAGAUGAACACAAUUUUAUCUUCGAAAAGCUGGACGAAGGCGAUGACGUGGAAUUGUUCUCGAAGACAUUCUCCCCGAUUGAAUUUUCAACACCUCCCUCCUCCACCGAACACUCAGACACUAACUGCUCAGACCCGUUGGAUCACGUUGAAUGGAGCGACGCUGACCUCGUUGGUUCAUUUGCAGUGUUGAUCCUCAUCAAUAUUCUCGUUGUGGCUGGCAAUACUCUAGUAAUAGCAGCCGUGUUUACCUCCACCAAGUUGAGAUCCGUCACCAACCUGUUCAUCGUGUCGCUGGCCGUGGCCGACAUGUCACUGGGUAUCAUGGUUCUACCGUUCAGUGUCACCGUGGAAGUCUUCGACACUUGGCUGUUCGGGCCGCUGUGGUGUUCUGUGUGGCUUGCCGUCGAUGUGUGGAUGUCUACCUCGUCCAUCCUCAACCUCGUCGUCAUCAGCUUUGACAGAUACGUUGCUGUGACAAGACCGGUUUCCUACCCGAACCUCAUGACAUCAACCAGGGCAAAAAUUUUAAUUGGGGUGGUUUGGGUAACGUCAUUCGUUAUCUGCUUCCCACCCCUGGUAGGUUGGAACGACAAGCACCAAACUCUGGCGUCCAGCGGUGCGUCUUGUCAUCUCACGUGCGAACUCACUAACGAGAUAGGUUACGUGUUGUACUCCGCCUUAGGCUCUUUCUUUCUUCCAAUGUUCGUCAUGAUGUUCUUCUACUGGAAGAUAUACUUGGCAGCAGCUGAAACAACCAAGGCAAUUAAUCGAGGGUUCAAAACUACCAGAGACCAGAAAGAUGGAACAGCCAAAAGAUUUGAUGAUCACGUAACGCUGCGCAUCCACAGAGGAAAGAACAGUUCCGAGCGUAGUCGUGACGGCAGACCAAUGAAAGCCCACUAUGCAGCUGUGCGCAAAACCAAAUCAGAGUCACUCGGGCCUCAGAACCUUUACGACGCUCCAGCAAACGUACCACACGAUGGAGUAGAACUCGUGUCCAUAGAAGGCAAUAGGAAGACGAAGGCUCGGCUUAUAAAACGUCAAGACAACCUACGCUUAAAAGCUCCGCCGAGGUUAUCGGUGGAGUCGACUAAUUCGACUCAGGCCGCGUCUGGAGGUAGCGACACAAGUGGAGCAGAAAGCUCGACAAGCUGCCAUAAUGGAAGUGUGACUCCCACGGCGACCCGAAGCGCUUCUCGAAUGGGGCGAAGGAACAUCAAAAUGCAAGUGAAGCGCUUCCGCAUGGAAACCAAAGCUGCCAAGACGCUCGGAAUCAUCGUGGGAGUCUUCAUCAUGUGUUGGCUCCCCUUCUUCUGCAUGUAUCUUGUUCGAGGCUUCUGUCCAACUUGUAUAAAUCCUCUUCUUUUCUCUGUGUUAUUUUGGCUCGGUUACUGCAAUUCCGCAAUUAACCCAUUCAUUUACGCUCUUUUUAGCAAAGAUUUCAGAUUCGCAUUCAAGAAAAUCCUCUGCAAGUGUGUGUGUCAAAAAGUACGUAGCAAAGGAAUCGUAAGAGCGCCUACGAUUUACGUCCCGUCGUAUGGAGAAGAGAGCGAAGAAUCAAAACCUGUCGCCCUUUCUUAAACCCAAUACCCAAUCAAUCUAUUGUUAACUAUAUGUUUAUCUAAUGUAUAGCUGUCAUGUUUAUUUAUUAGUUAUUCUGUCAUUAGUAAUGUGUACAUGUUGACGAUAAAGCAUUCAAGUCGGAGAAUAAAUGUGCUUAGCUCGAUCGGGCAGUCGGUUUCACAGUGUUCCGUCAAUGUUCAGCGUACUUACAUGCAAAAUUUUUCUAGUUAGAUGUCGCGAAAGUUUCAGUAUUAUUUGUUAGUUUGAUUCAUGGCAUUGUGAAAUCUUAGGCAAUCGCAUUUCACACUUUUAUGCCGAAAAACUAAAAACUUACAAGGUUUUCUUUGCUACAGAAAAAAACCUCCGUCCUCAUGAAAGUUAACCUAUUCACUGCGAUGCAAUUUUUUAGAAAUAUUUAUACAGCAAUAUUUAGUUCAAAAUAUUCCAGCUGACACCACUCACAACGUCAAAAAUAUCAAAAUUUAUUCGACCAGAAGAAGGGACAUAAAAAUCCAAAGAACCGAUUAAAUUAUGUAAUAAUUUAAGAAAUAUUUUCUAUAACCUGUAAAU